AUGUCGAUUCCUGAACUCGCUUGCACUUAUGCUACUUUGAUCCUCAGCGACGAUGGCAUUCCCAUCACCGGGGAGAAGAUUGCUAAAUUACUUUUAGCAGCGAACGUGAGCGUUGAAUCUUACUGGCCAGGCUUGUUCGCCAAGCUAGCCGAGAAGAGGAGCAUAGAAGACCUUGUGUUGAAUGUCGGGGCUGGUGGCGGUGGCGGUGGCGGUGCUGCUCCGGUAGCUGUUGGUGGUCCAGCCGGUGGAGCCGCUGCUGCUGCCGCGGGCGCCUCUCCUCCUGAGGAAAAGAAGGAAGAACCCAAGGAAGAGAGUGAUGACGAUAUGGGAUUCAGUCUGUUUGAUUAG